AAGAGCAGUAUGACAGCAGCUGAAUAUGUACCUUAGGAUCCCAGCCUCCCUCCACAGAGCUCAGAGCUCUGUAUGUGGAAUUUCCUCCAUUUCAUCUUCACAAUCGAUUUUGUGAGGUAGAUGAGAAAGAGUGACUGGUUCAGAGUGAGGCAAUGAGCUUCAUUCCUGAUCAGGAAUUUGAACACAGGUCUCUGAAGGCCAAGCCUCACACACUAUCCACUAUACCACACUGUCUCUCAACUAAGCCUCUACUCAAAGAGCUUCCAAAUUGUACUGUACAGUAUCAGAAGACUUGGUGGGUUGCAUAUGAUACUUAGAAAAGAAACAAACAUUUGAGCAGCAGUAUGUGCCUCUAAACAUUUGCCCAAGUUUCUGUUUGCUUCUGAUACUUUUCUUGACAACAGGAGACAUGCUGGGUGUUCUCAUUUGAAUAGUAUGCCAGAAGAAAUGAUCAGGUUACACCUGUUUAGGUUAUACUGCCUAGGAAACCAGUGAACUCCAUUUGCAAAGGUUGAGACUGUAAAACUGCCUCUCUGGGGAAAUGAAUCAUUAAUGUUUCAUGGUACCAGAAACCUGCUGUGUUUUUUGAAAACCAUCUGCUGCAUUACAGCUCUUUGUCCUGCCUGAAGCAGAAACAAUGAGCUGGGGAUUCCUCCGAGAUAUCCUAAGUGGCGUGAAUAAAUAUUCAACUGGAAUUGGUAGGAUUUGGCUGGCUAUCGUAUUUAUAUUCCGCCUGCUUGUCUACGUGGUGGCAGCAGAACAAGUCUGGAAGGAUGAACAGAAGGAAUUUGAGUGUAACAUUAGACAACCUGGCUGUGAAAAUGUGUGCUUUGAUCACUUCUUUCCAGUCUCCCAAGUAAGGCUUUGGGCCUUGCAACUGAUCAUGGUCUCCACCCCAUCACUUCUUGUUGUUCUCCAUGUUGCUUACCGAGAAAACAGAGAAAAGAGAUACAAAAAGAAGCUGUAUAAGAAGCCAGGAAGCAUGGAUGGAGGAUUGCUCUGCACCUAUCUCAUCAGCCUCCUUUCCAAAACUGGGUUUGAAAUUGGUUUCCUCUUUCUGUUUUACAAGCUGUAUGGUGGCUUCAAUGUGCCCCGCCUUGUGAAAUGCGACAUGAGUCCCUGCCCCAAUACUGUUGACUGCUACAUAGCCAAGCCCACUGAGAAGAAAGUCUUCCUGUAUAUUGUGUUGGUGACAUCCUGCCUGUGUAUUGUCUUAAAUGUCAUUGAAUUCAGCUAUUUGAUUUUAAAAUAUACCAUCAAAUGUUGUUUAAGGAGACACCCAAAGUCUGAUCGAGAUGCCAAAUAUGGACACAAAAACUUGAAUUCUAUGAAUCACAAUGGAACAACCUUGCACCAUGGCAAUGAUUUAGCCACUGACAUUGAGAUCCAAGAAGAAAAUAAAAGAAGCCUGCCCAUCACUCUGCAGGAGGAAUAAAAGUACUGUUCCAUGAUGUUAAAUAAAAUGCAUUUUAAUAAUCUUUUAAAUCUAUGUUCGGAUUAGUCAAAGCCAGCCUGAGGAUUUUAACCAGUAGAAAAAACAUUUUAUCUUCUACCACACAUGAAAUUAUGCAAGUUGUUCAUGGAGUUUAAUAAAGAUGCAAAAACUGACAUUUUCUUUGAGCUGUUGUAUAAAUCCUGAUGUUCCUGCUAAUAAAUAUUGAAAAGAACAAGCAGUCACUGGGCAUGUUUUGAUAUAAUUCAUUAGAAAAAGAGAAGUCUGUUUUACUGUCUUGAAGAUUUUUUCAAGCCAAAGAAAAACAAUGCUUCCCCAUUAGGGCAACCCUGCCUGUGGUGGACCAUAGUCAUUUAAAGCUGUCAGUGUUCAGCAACUACUCACUGGCUUUUUGUACUGUGUGCAGGAAAUCCACCGGUCAGGAUUCUCAGGUCCAUCACCUACCAGAUCUACAGAGACUACAGCAACAGAGACUUCCAUAGUUUGACCUAUGCCCUCUGCUUCCUGCUGACUUAUGUGAGGACAUUGAUAGGACUAGUCAAAACAAGUUUCAUGACAAGCUCCAGCAUCAAUCAAAACUUGUUCCCUUCUGCUCAUAAUUUCAAACCCUUUGCAUUUUCUAGCAGAAAUCAGUGGAUAACCAUACACAUUUACAGAUAACAAGAGACCAUUAUACUGAGAGUCACUAUACUAGCUAUGGCUUACUUGUUAUCAUUAUUCCUAAGGGUACAGAGAAAAAUGGAGAAUUAUUUGCUAAAGUCUCUCACCAUGUUCAGGCUCACAGUCCCAAAUGAUGUGUUUGGAAUCAAAUAAGAAUGUUGGUGGAAAUGUAAUUUUUAUCUUGUAAUGUAGCUGCACAGUUUGACUGUUACAGAAUUUUGGAGUGGGGUUUUUGGGGGGGUGUUUUUGUUUUUGUUUUAAUGACACUGCCUUUGGCAUUGAGGAAGUCUUCUCUGUGAAACGCGGACAGUGGCUCUAGAGAAGGACUGAGAGCUCUAUGGAGUAAAAUAAUGUUAUCUAUGGAUCAUGAGAUACUAUAUUCAGGCCUACUUCCAUUUGUAAGUUUUAAAACUAAAUGUAGCCAUGUUUACAGAUUUUUCUUCACAUUUUAAAAACCCAAGCACAUGUACCAACUCAUUCUCAUGUGAUAUCUACUAGAAACUACCACCAGAAUUUUGUGUGCUGCAUGCUUGGCUCCAUUUGACUUCCACUUUCAGGUUUAUUAGCAUAAAUACAUUGGCCAAUCUUUUGAAAACUGACUCGUUUCCAUCUCAUUUCCCUAUGGAAUCUCUCUCUCUC